AACUGGUAUAUUGUUAAGUGGGGCAGCUCCCAAUGGUCUAUUAGGGCUUGGUAUGGAUGAUGUAUCCAUUCCUAGCAUGUUAGCAAAACAGGGGCUUGCUUCAAAUUCUUUUUCCAUGUGUUUUGGAAUUAACGGAAGUGGUAGGAUCAGAUUUGGUGAUAAUGGAAGUGUAGACCAACCAGAAACACCAUUCUAUGUCAGAGAUAAAUAUCCAACUUACAACAUUACGGUUACUCAAAUAGCCGUUGGAAAAAGUGUUGCUAAUCUUGAAUUCUAUGCAAUUUGGGACUCUGGUACCUCAUUUACGUACCUAAAUGAUCCAGCUUACACCCAUAUUUCUAAGAGUUUCAACAGCACCAUCAAAGAUAAGCGGGCUACAGAUAAUUCUGAUCUUCCUUUUGAAUAUUGUUUUACAGUCAGGUAAUUAUAUCGGAAGACAAUCUUUGUACUCAAAUUGAGUUAAUUUGAUGUCGAAGAAGCUGUAGACUCAGUUGGGUUUUUGACAAGCAUCAAAGGUAAAAUUAGAGGUUCUGGGUGGAAUUGUUCUUUGAUUUAAUUAUGUCCUAGAGUUUGAUUGACUUAGAGUUGAAUGUGAAUUUGGUUGUGUUACGGAACUGGGUUUGCCCUUUUGAAUUAAUUGAUAUUUUAUUUGUGUAUUAAUUUUGUUUCUGAUGGGGUUGUGGGGGUUUGCGUUAGUCUAUGAGUGAGGCUCUGGAAACCCAAGUGAAGAGUAAGGUCUCCAUCAAGGUAAUGUUCUUUAUUUCGUGUUUGUAUUUCUGGGUUUUCGUACCGAGAUUUGAAUUACUGAGAUGCUUUGUUGGGUCUGAACAUGCGUCUCCCAUGUGGUUUGCUUGUGUAUUUGAGUUGACUUUGUCUUAGAACAGUUGUAUGGUGUUUGGUGAAGUGAUUGUUCCAGUGAUUGAUUAUUAUUAUUUGGGUGUGUUCCACUUGGUUGUGUUAUUGUAGCGUGGUUCCUGACUUCAUGUGAUGUGUUGAUGUUAUCGAAGGAGCUUGGUAAUUACAGACAUGCUCUUACUGAUGCUGAGGAAGCAAUUAGGCUCAGAAACACUAAUGUCAAGGUAGUACUAAUUCUUGAACAUGUUCUUGUUCUUAGCUGGGAUUUGUUUGCAAAGUUUGAAUAAUUGGUUGUUUGAGGUGUUGAGCAUAUUUGGGUGUUGGCUUAGGCAUUUUACCAAGCUGCGAAAUGAGCUCCAAUGAACUUGACUUUUGAUUUGGUGGCUGGGCAGCUCUUGAAAAUAGUCCAAGUCCAAGAUUAAUUGAAAAUGACCUUUGUUUUGAUGUUGUUUUUAUUAGAUGUCCCAGUGAAUAAUUUGUUUCCAGCAUUAUAUGAUUGAUUGCUUGCGAAUAAAUGAAGUUAGAUGUUUGUGUUCUUGACUAUGCAGAUAUAUGGGUAGAGUGGCACUGUGGGCAAAGCAUUUAGGACUUGUUGAAGAAUGUUUCAAUCAGCUAGAGAGUCUUUAAUGUGUUCAAAGGGUAUGGUCUUUGGGUGAGCAGAACUGGAGUCAAUACUAGAGCUUCUACAAGGUCCUUGUCCAUCAUGUGUAGGAUCAAUGACGUAAAAGAUCAAGAGGCUACUUAAGAUCUUUGCCUACAAGAGAGCUUCGGCAAGAACAAAUGAAGGUGCAUUAAAGGAAAGCGCCAGUAAUCUAUGUAUUUUAGGUCUUUCUAGCUAGAACAUUUUACAAGUACAGUCUCAAUUUUCUAUGUUUUCUGAAUGGUUUAUAAUGCUCACACAAUGGUUAAUAAAAAUAGUAUGUUGUUUGAG